AUGAUUAGAAAAAGAUUUUAUAAAGAAUAAAUAGCAAAUGGAAAUAAUUGUGACAUUGUUCAUCAUCAUCAUUUUAGAUAUAUAUUUAUUGUUUAUUUAAAUUAAAACUCAUUGUAAAUGGUUUCAAGAUUACUAGUUCAACUUGAUUCUGCAACUGAUUGGAUUCUCAUUUUAGGAGUAUUCUUUGGAAUUUUAAUAAUUGGACUAAUUAUGUAUAGGUUAUGCAGAAGGAAACAAAAAUCUUAACCUAAAUACUAAAAUAAUUCGAAAAAUUUCAAAGAUGUACCCAAGUCAGAAUAAAUUCAAGAUGAUGAAAAAUUGUAAAACAGAAUGGACACAUCAAUGACAAAGAAGGAAUUUUUUGUAAUUGAGGAAGAACCCGAAAAAAAAAAUGAUAAUAAUGAUAAUUAUCAUCCUGGGGAAGUUAAUGAAAGUAUUAAUUUAAGCAAUGUGUUUAAUUUGGAAGGUGAAGGCAAAUAGUAUAAAAACAGCAGCAAGUAUUCAUAAAUUAGAUAAAAUUGA